AUGGUGGAGAUGGUCGAGACGCCUAAAGCAUGGCUUUUGAUUCUGUGUGCUUCUCUACUUUGUGUAGAGUACACCAUCGACGCAUUGUCUUACGAUCACUCAGCAACCAUUGAGUGUUUAGAAGAACCUUUGAAACCGCAAUACAACGGGGGGAUAAUAGUUAAUCCACAGUUCACAUAUGGUCUCACAGGAUGGUCUUCUUUUGGUGGGAACGGCGGAAAGAUAAUGCAGAAGAAGUCAAAGGAUGGAAAUAGCUUCAUCGUCGCAUACAACAGAUAUCAACCCUACGAUACCUUCUCACAAAAGAUUUACCUACAUAAGAAAAAGCUCUAUGCAUUUUCCGCUUGGAUACAAGUUAGUCACGGAAAAGAGCCAGUAACGGCUGUUUUCAAGACAACGGACGGUUUUACAUUUGCGGGUUCUGCUGUUGCUCGAUCUGGUUGCUGGUCCAUGCUCAAAGGUGGCCUCACUGUCAAUUCAUCUGGCUAUGCUGAACUUUAUUUUCAGAGCAACAGCAUAAAUGUAGAAAUAUGGGUAGACAAUGUUUCAUUGCAACCGUUCACUGAAGUGCAAUGGAGAUCUCACCAAGUUGAAGGUAUUGCCAAGGCACGUAAGAGGGACGUGAAAGUUCAUGUAAUUGAUUCAAAGGGUGAGGUUCUACAGGGCGCAAAUAUCCACUUCAGGCCUAGACAAAGCAAAGCAAGUUUCCCAUUUGGGUGCGUCAUAAAUAAGGAUAUCCUAGGUAACCAAGCCUACCAGAGCUGGUUCACAUCUAGGUUCUCGGUGACCGUUUUCGGGAAUGAGUUGAAGUGGUAUUCCACUGAAAGGGUCCGAGGGGUGGAAAACUACACUGACGCUGAUGCCAUGUUAGCAUUUGCAAAACAAAACGGAAUAUCCGUUCGAGGUCACUGUAUCUUCUGGGAUGACCCAUAUUACCAACCCGAAUGGGUAAAAUCCCUCUCACCUGCAGAACUGAAAGAUGCAGCAUAUAAGAGGCUCCAAUCUGUUGUAUCGAGAUACUCAGGGAAAUUUGUAGGUUGGGAUGUUAAUAACGAAAACUUACAUCACCAGUUCUUUGAACAAAUGCUCGGGGCAAAUGCUUCAGAUGUUUUCUUCCAAAUGGCCUACCAGCUUGAUCCAACAAGGAUGUUCAUGAAUGAAUAUAACACAAUAGAAUGGAGUGGUGAGACUGUGGCGUCACCAGCGCAGUAUUUAACGAAGCUUCAAGAAAUUAGAUCGUUUUAUAAGGGUCCAACAGGUAUAGGAGUAGAGAGUCAUUUUAUCACUCUUAACAUUCCUUACGUGAGAGCUGCCCUUGAUACUCUAGCUUCAGCAGGAGUUCCUAUAUGGCUUACGGAGUUGGACGUAUACAGUGCAGAUCAGGCAUUCCAUUUGGAGCAGAUCUUAAGGGAAGCCCAUGCUCACCCUGCAGUUCAGGGGAUUGUCCUGUGGGCAGCAAGGACUGCAGCAGGUUGUUAUCGAAUGUGCUUGGCAGAUGAAAAGUACAACAACCUUCCCACUGGUGAUGUAGUGGAUAAGCUGAUCAAUGAGUGGAAACCAUAUAGCGUGGAUGGAGAAAUCGGUAGUGACGGUGAGUUUAAGACUUCGCUCUUCCAUGGGGAAUAUGAUUUGACGAUUUAUCACCCAUCUACGAAUACCACAUUAAAUCGAAUGUUCAAAGUGGCAGCACCAGAAAUUUCAGCACAAAACUUGAAGGAUACAGUAUCACCAAUGAUACUACAUCUGCAAGUUGAUAUAAAAGGCAUUGAUAUUUAUAACUCCUGUGUUCUAUGCGGCGACGACACUGAAUCCCAGGAACACAUCUUCCUGCAUUGUAAGAUAGCUCAUAGGGUUUGGUCUUCGGUGUUACCAAAAGAGGGUUGGUCUUGGGCAAUUCCAAGAAAUAUGCAGAUGCUUGUUCUAGGCUGGAACCAAGUUCAUUUCACCACUGCAGGAAAAUUUCUCAGGGAUCUAAUUCCAGCAGCAGUAAUCUAUACCAUUUGGUCAGAACGUAACAGGCGCAUCUUUGAGAUGAACUACAACUUCAAGACAGACUCCGAUCUUUGUAUAGAAGCAAAGUCAUUGAUCCUUGCUUGGGCGAGUGCUUCGGGACAACGUAUCCAGAAUUUCUCUAGCACCAUUUUUAAUAACUGGGAUGCUCUCUUCAUGUAA